AUGUGGUCUGUAAUAACAUGGAUACGAGAUUUCAUUGCUGAAUAUACUUGGUUUUGGUGGUCAUCAAAUGAUUCAAAAUCGAAUACAGUACUUCUUGUCGGUCUAGAUGAUGCUGGUAAAACAACAUUAACUGGUCGUUUAACUCAAAAUCGUCUUAUUCAAGCACCGCCAACAAGUCAACCAUCAAAACAUGAAAUUAAAAUUGGUUCAACUCUUUUAGCUAUAACUGAUGUUGGUGGUCAUAAACAAGCAAGACGUUUAUGGCGAGAUUAUAUGUUUUCGUCAACACGUCUUAUUUUUAUGAUUGAUGCAAGUAAUCGUCAACGUUUACCUGAAGCACGUAGUGAAUUAUUAAAUAUAUUAGAUGAUGAUGAUUUGAAAUUUGUACCUCUAUUAAUUCUUGCUAAUAAAAUUGAUAUUAUUGAUACAGCAUAUAGUGAAAAUGAAUUAAGAUAUCUUCUUCAAAUUGAAAAAUAUCUUAAUGAAGAAAAUCCUCGAAUUAAAUUAUGUAUGUGUAGUAUUAAAAGAAAUGAAGGUUUUACUGAUGGUUUACGAUGGCUUGUUAAACAGCCAAUUAAAUUGGAUAAUUAG